AAUUAUCAUCAUAAAAGUGGUGGAUAUACAAAUAUCAUUCCAAUUACUCACACACACACACACAUUCCAUUCAUAUCAGUAGAAAUUCGAGUUAAUAUAUACUCGAAUUUAUUAUUUGUUAAUGAUAUCAACAUAUAUUGAUUUUAUUAUUUAUCAUCAUGAAUUGAGAUUAUAAAAUCUGGUCUCUUUGACGUAUAAUUGGUCAUUUUUUUUAAAUGUAUGUGCUUCACUGUUAUUAUUGUUAUCAUGAAUGAUGAUGAUGAUGAUGAUCAACGCAAUGACAAUUUUGUUCGAGUACAAAAACGUGAUUCGAAUUUUUUUUUUUUAAAGUUUUUGUCCACAAAUAAAAUUCAUUUGAUCUCUAAUUUAUUGUGACGACAUUUAAUAUUUGUGACGGUUACAAAUAAUGGAAAUGAAUUUUAUGUAUUUUAAAUGAGUGAAAUUAUUAUUUUUUAUCAUUAUUAUUUUAUUUGAUUAUUAUAACGAAAUUGACAUUAUUAUUAUUAUUAUCAUCAAAAUGGGUUCUUGUUUUAGUCGCAUGAAACAUUGUUCAUUGUUUUCAAAACAUCACAACGUUGCUUUGAAUGAAAAUCAAGCAUCAUCAUCACAUUUAUUUGAACAUGAGAAUAAUUCAUCACAUUCUUCUAUCGAUUUCUUUCUAGAAGAUAUUGAUGAAUGUCUUAAUGAAACUGAAAAGAUAUUUUUGUCGGUUAUUGAUACUAUAAAUUUACCACCCCAAUUACAACGAUUAAUAGAGAUUGCCAACACUGAUCAUGGAUGGUUGAAGAUUAUUAAUUCUAUGAUAAAUGUGAUUGGUACUCAUGCUGUUAAAGGUCUAGUGGAAAACGAUCAUAUUGGACCGGCAGUAAUCAUACUGUUAUUGGAAGAUUCUCAACUUCCUACACGUGAAUUGAUACGAGAUCUUUUAGCCUUAUUAAAUCCAUAUUUUGAACUUCGUAUUCAUAGUCCUUGUGAUGAAACCAUCAUAAAACAUCGAAACAUUUGUGCUAUAUUAUCAUUUUUGGCCGAAAAAUUGGCUGGUUCAUUAAGCGUUAAUUUGUUAUCGAUGAGAAUCAUUAAAUUUUUAGAAAAGGUUAUCAAAGAAAAACAUAAUCAUUUACAUGUACUAUUUGCAUUGAAUUGUGUGGAAAAAUUUGCUCGAACAAAUGAAAACAAGCAGAUAAUAUUGAAAAAUUUUGACAUUGUAAAAGAAUUGUGUGAAUUGGAAAAAUACGUACAAUAUUUUUCCAUACAAGCAUUAUACUAUUCAUCAUCAACCGAAUUAUUGAAAUAUCAAUUAGGUUUCUGUGCACAAUGGUGUUUGGAUAAUGUAUUCACUAAGAAAGGACGAAAAUUUUCAUACAAAAAAGUCGACUAUUCUAAUCUAAAUGUCAUCUUAAAUGUGAAUGAUAAAACCGAAUUUCUUAAACUUUCACCCGAUGGAUUAUCGGCUCGCUGUGAUACUUAUACAUUUGAAUGUGUGCGAUCAAAUUAUCAUGUGUCUUCUGGAAUAUAUUUCUAUGAAGUCAUUCUGCUCACCAGUGGUAUCAUGCAAAUUGGCUGGGCAACAAAAUCGACAUCAUUUAAAAAUCAUGAAGGCAGUGGAGUAGGUGAUGAUGCUCAUUCCAUAGCGUUUGAUGGAUGUCGAAGAGUAAUCUGGCACAAUAUGACUAAUUACGAACAUAAUCUUCCAUUAUGGAAUGCUGGUGAUAUUGUUGGCUGUUUGAUUGAUUUCAAUAAAAAACGUUUCAUUUUCUAUCUUAACGGCAAGAAAGUUGAAAUUGGCAGAAAAAUUUCCCAUAAAAUCAAUUUGGUCUUUUCCGAUGAACCAUAUUAUGCAGCCGCCAGUCUAAUGUCUUAUCAACAUUGUCAUUUUAAUUUUGGCCAAGCACCAUUCAAAUAUCCACCGAAAAAAUAUAAAUUCAAAGAUUUCAAUUCCGAAGCAAUCAUAACGAAUAAAGAUGAUUAUAAAGUGAUUCCAAUGCGCGUCAAAAUUAAAGCAUGUAACAAGUCAUUUUCAUUUUCAAGUAACAAACGAAAUCUAUGCAACAUUUGCUGUGACAAAUCUGCAAAUGUCCGGCUAAAACCUUGUGGUCAUGAGGGAAUCUGUAGUGAUUGCGCAAUCCAAAUGGAACAAUGUCCAUUCUGUCGUGAAACAUUCGUGCAUUUUGAAGAUUUACAAUGAAUUAUUUU